CAUAAUACUCCAAGUCAUCAAGUGGAUUUAGAUUUCGAUUACAUUUCUCAUUCUACUCUAAAGGAGAAGAGAGAGAGAGAGAGAAGUUCUGAAGAAUACAUCUUUGAUGGCUAAACUCAAAGAUUUGUUGAACAGUUUUAAUCUUUUACUCAUACUAGUUCUAAGACUGGUGACCUGUGUAGAAGUUGAAUUGGAUGACAUUCACGCCUUGAUAAAUAACCCGUACAUGAUAAUAUGUACUGUCAAAUACACCAGAACAGAGCCGAUCAACAACAAUGUGACUAUCUCUUCCAAAAAUGACACCAACGAGAUAAUUCUGUGUGACUUGACACCAGACGACUACAGAUUCUGUAACAAAAUUCUUCCAUCUGUCAGUGAGCUUAGCGACGAUUACUGUGGCUGCAGCGGCAAAUACACCAACUCUACUUCCGGCGCCAAAUCCUUCCGAAUUUUUUACCAUAUCAAAGCAGUGAACAGAUCGCUUAGGCAAGAAUUUUUCUGCCAAGCUGGAGAGCUAAAGCGACAGAAAAUGUCUAACAUUGUGGACUUUUCUCGACGGCCCCCACCAGAGAUCUACAUGUGUGUGGGUGGUACUAUUCAGCUAGACUGGGACUUUAAAGAUAAAAAGGGCGUUUACAAGCCUCAGAGGCUUACGUGGACUGGACUAACAAAGCCUCACGAGAAGACCUGUUCUAUUGAGAAGCAGUUAGAUAUAGCUGUGUAUCAGUACACGUCUAGAAGUGGAGAAGGUCAGUUCGCUGUGGACAAGAGAGAGUUGUCCUACUGUAACAGCACCCCGGGCACCACGCUACCAAGACUGGUCAUGUCCAAACUUGAGUGUACAGAUUCUAGACCUAUAGAGCUCAACAUGACCUUCUUUGGAGUAUCAGCAUCUAUGCUUGUGAUGGGCCAGCCAAACUUUGGAAGUGAAACGGUGAAAACUUCAACUCGGACAACUGGAUUUAAGAAGACGACGAAAGGGAGAGCAAGAGCAACCACGAGAGCAACCACGAGAGCGUCAUCCACAACGACAUUACCCACCACGACGCCAACCACAACUUCUACCACUACCACAACGACGACCACCACGACGACAACCACAACGACGACCACCACGACGACAACCACGACGACCACCACGACCACCCCGGCGCCCGUUGCGUACGACGAGGCUUUCAAUUUCUCUCUGGUCUCCCGGACGAACCUUAUCGUCACCACUCCGCCCACUCCAGGUGGCUACAUAGACUUUGAGGGUACCUUCUCUAUCAGCGGAAUGAUGCUGCUCACGUGUCGUGUGAUGAACAUGCCAGACAUGGGAAAACCUACAGCUAAUAUUACAAUUUGGAGAGAUGAUGAGUUGUUGAUGUCGAAUAAUUUCACCCAGUUAAAGAUCAUAUCCGAAGUGAAAGGAACCAAUGUAUCAUGUGGAUUAGAAGGUAAAGCAUUGCUGUGUUUAAACAGUACCGAUUCUAGAGUCCAAAGAAUACAACGCACUAUCAAAGGGCUUCCCAGGCCAAGCGAUGACAAAGAGAUUAAAAUUCAGCAAGUGAUCUUCAUGGUGGAGCUCUUCGCAGUUCUAUCCCUUAUCCUCUGGGGCAUCAGUCUGUUCGUGGAGCAUAUUCAGCUCAUCAUCGGCUAUGAGAAAAAGAAGCUAGAGGCCAAGAGAGACCAUCUUUUCCAUCAAAGUCAUCAAUAGUUAUGUCUUCAUUCCAAGAGGUCUGUAAGAUGUAGAAAGUUAUAUCCGAAACAUAGCCUCAUGCGUCUGUGGUUUAUACUUAUAUAUGGUGUUUUAUAUUAACCUUUUUUUUUUCUUCUUUUAAUUGAAAACACAAAAAGUUAAAUCGUUAUUGUUUUUAUAAUAUGCUUAUAGUUUUAUUUUAUGCAUGUGAGUAAAAUAUUAAUCCACACCUGCAGUUAUCUAUCUCUGCAGCACAUUGCUUGUCUCUGAUACAGAUUUGUAAAAUAUGUUUAUUAUUAAUAGGUUUGUCAUUGAUAGAAUGCACUUAGUCUGGAUGACUUCUAACCCAUAGGCAGCCUUUCAUGAACUUACAAUAUUUGACAACUUUUAAAAAUUAAUUGUUUUGAAACAUCAAGUGGUCCCUUCAUCCCACAACUCAUUGAGAAUUUUAAUGAUGAUAAUACAACGCUCUGUAUCAUCUUUGCUUACUUCCCAUUUAACAGCAGCACCAAGUAAAUUUAAGUAGCAGCCAUUAUAGUGUGAAAAAUCUUGCUCUGGAGAGCCUUUCCUUGUGUAUAGUUUCUAACAAUUUCAUGUAAAAAUUAAAUAUUCCUAUAAUGGCUUGAAUGUCUUUUCUAGUUUCUGGUGGGUUAACUUGCCUUAUUUUAUUUAGGCUGCUUCUAGUAGGUCUUGUGUUUCCUAUUUCAUAGCCUGAAAAUUCUAUGUUAGUUUUUCCUAUUUGUAGUUUAUCAGGGGCUGUAGUCAACUUGUUCUCACUUAGCCUAUUUAAGUACUUGUUUGAGAGUCUUGUCAAGUUUUUGAAAUUAUGCAGAUAUCAUCCACAUAGAAAAAUACAUCUUCAAUUCCAUGCAGCACCUUGAGCAUACAUUUGGGAAUGUUGUUGUACUGUUCACCAAACCAAAUGGCAUCACAUUCCAUUGGUACACUCCUACUAGACCUGGCAAAUUGCAGCUGAACUUAUUUAAUUCUUUUACUUUGUCACAUUAUACUGUUGGUAUUGUAUAGUUCUUUCUCUUUAUUGCAGAAUAGUCUUUCAAUUUGAUUUUAUGCUUGUCCUCCCUAGUUGAUUUGUAAUCACAUCCUUGUACUCUCUUAAUACUCUCUUUGUACUCUCUUAAUACUCUCUUUGUACUCUCUUAAUACUCUCUUUGUACUCUCUUAAUACUCUCUUUGUACUCUCUUAAUACUCUCUCUGUACUCUCUUAAUACUCUCUUUGUACUCUCUUUGUACUCUCUUAAUACUCACUCACUUAAUACUCUCUUUGUACUCUCUUUUCUAGUUGCUCUUCAUUUGCAGCUGGUGUUUCUAUAUGUUGGGAUACAGCACAGGCAUGUAGACAAAAAUGUGUUCGCUAUCUGUCUCAUCUUUAAACAUCUCACAUUCCUCUGCAUCAUUGCUUUGUACUAUCAUGGCUUGUUCUAUCCUGGGAAUACCUUUCAGUUUUUUGACAUGUAAUUUCUUUAGUGUUCCAUUCAUCUUUCUUUGAUAGUAUAUGGACCCUCAUAAUUUUGUUCCUCAUCUCACAUUUGUACAUAAACUGCAACUCCUUCUUCAAAUUCUCUUAACACUCUUUUUUUUUUUUUUUUAAUGUUUCUGUGUUUCUUGGUGCUUCUUUUGAUAGUCUCCUAUGCCGUUUUGACCGCAUAUGUUAACUGAUUUGUGUUGUUCACUAUUAGCGGAAAAUCUUAAAUCUCAAUCAUGUUUUGCUUCCAUUAAUGUAAUGGUCCUCUCAUUUUUCUGUUAUGCACUAAUUCAUACGGGGAGAAACCUGUUGAUUCAUUCUUAGUUUCACUGUGUGCAAACAAUAUGUAUGGGAGCAUCUCAUCCCAGUUCUUUGGGUUUUUCAUGCAUACUUUGUCUAAAAUGAUCUUCAUAGAUUUAUUCCUACGCUCUACAAUACCAUUUGCUGCACAUGGUAAACUGUACUACAGAUUUGAUUGACUUCUGUUAUAUUUGCAAAUGCAGCUAUUUGGACUGCUUUAAACUGAGUUCCAUUAUCACUGACAACAGUUCUAGUAAAGCCUAUUAUGGUUAAUAAUAGUAAUAACGUAGGAAAUAGCGUACUUGCAUCAAUGUGUUUUAAUGGAAAAGCUUCAGGCCAGCGUGUGGCAAAAAUCCAUGAAUGAUAAUAUGUACCUGUUUCCUUUAGUUGCUAUAGUUGUAAGUUCUACGAUGUCCAUGGGUUGUUUUUUUAAUGGUGUCUCUACUGUAUCUGUUUCUUUUAGAGGUGCCUUGUGAUUGUGAUUUCUUCUUAUGCACUGUACACAACUCUUAGUAUAUGUUUUUACUUAUGUCUUAUUUUUUCUAGUGUCCUUGUGUAAGCCUUAUGUCCAGUCAAGGGACUGUCAUGGUAUGUUUCAUUGAUGCCUUUUCUCAAUGAGGUAUUACGAUCUGUAUCACUUCAUUACCAUUUUUUAUUUUCUUGAGUUUGAUAACCACUCCAUUUAUUUUACUGUAUGGUCCUUCAGUUCUAUUACAUACAUUUUUGCAUAUGUUUGAAAUUGUUGGAUCAUUUUGCUGCAUUUCAAUUAAUUCAUCUUUGUUGAUGUUCAUGUUUGGUAUUAUGGCCAUAAAAGAGUUUUCUUUCUUAUUUUUCUUAUUUCUGCUGUGUUCUCUGUUUGACUCUCUAUAUCUACAGAAGCUUUGUUUGAAAUAAACUGUUUGCCUUCAGUUCUUUCACAGGUCAGUUCACUUGUCUCCAUUUCUGUUGCCCUUAUUUUAUUUUGCUUGACCUCUUGUUGUUACUGCUGCUACUUCUGUUUUCCUGAUUUAUGCUAUUAGUUCAUUUUACUUCUCAUAGUUCAAUUAUGUUGUCUUUGCUCCCAAUAAUUAGUUCUUCAGCUGGGUUAUUUAUUACUAUGGCUUUGUAUUGACUAGUGAACCAUGGUGACUCUAUAAAGACUAAUGCUGUUUCACAAACUUCCUAUAGAUCUUUAUUAGCAUAUGUCAGUGUGACUUUGUCUUCUAAUAUCUGCUCAGGUUUCACAAGUGAUUUUUUGACUAUGAUUGAAGUACAUCCAUUGUUUCAUAACGUGAACAUCUUAAUACCAUCUACAUAGUGUUGUGGGCUAGUAUCUUGAGUAACUUCACUCCUAUUUCCUUUACUGUUUCACAUUAGCCAACAAACAUUUCAGUUAAUAAUGUACACUUGAUAAAAGGCUUUUUACUGCUGUAAAUGAUACAUUUAUUCAUGACUGGGAAGUCUGUCUUGUCUUCUUAAACGUGCUAUUUAUCUAUCAUACUAAACAACCUUCUUCUACGCUAUCGUCAUUUUGUUAUUCUUAUUCGCCUGUUCUCUUACGUCAUUCAUCUGUCUUACUACGUCACUACUUUUACCUUUUGUCACUACUUUUACCUUUCGCUAAUAAAACGAUGCACAAUAUGGAAAUUAACAAAUUCUCUAAACUAAUAAAUAAGAAAAGGCAGGAUAAACUUUCAAUUUAGCUACUUUUGUUUGCACAUAUGCUGCUGUUUCAUUUUGAAUUGGUCGUUCAGUUACUAUUGUUGAUAUAAUUUGUCUAGUGCUAUAAUUGUUAUUGUGGUACAUUGCAUGCUGCCUAUCAAGACUUUGAAAUUGAUCUCUUCUUGACAUUGUUGUUGUUUUACCAUCUUCUAUUUGCUUGAUAUGAUCUAGUGUUAGUUGGGCUGUAGCUUUGCCAUGUUCUUCUGUUUCUUGCUUCUUUGAUAUAUAUUGUUAAGAUCUUCUGUUAUGGUUUGGACUAAAGUGCUGAUUAUUUCUAUUAUUUCUCUCACAUCUGUUGUUUCUGUUUGAAUGUUGCUGUUGUGGUGCUCUUCUUUUCUUACAUUCUACUUUGGUAUGACCCAAUAUGCCACAGUUACUUUUGAUACCAGUAAAUUGCAUAAUCCCUUCUGACACCAAUAUGCCAGAUGUCUUAAAAUAACAGCAGGUCUUUCUUUGAGCUACAGAUAUUAAUAUCAAAAGCAAUCUAUAUGUAAAAAAUGUUAUUGCUAUGCCAGUGGUUCUAAUUAGAUGUCUUAAAAUAACAGCAGGUCUUUCUUUGAGCGGCAGAUAUUAAUAUCGCGCCGAUGUACCUAAAAUCCAAAUCAAAUCAGAUAUUAAUAUCAAAAGCAAUCUAGAUGUAAAAAAUGUUAUUGCUAUGCCACUGGUUCUAUUAAGAUGUCUUAAAAUAGCAACAUGUCUUUUUAAACAGAAGCUUUUCAUCAGCAGUGCUGUGGCAUCCACCAGUUUCUCUGUCUCCUCAUCCUAAUAAGGGUGUGUGCAGGGUAAUGUUUCUUGUUCUUCUCUUAAUUUUAAAUGACGGAAUUUAAAGACCCUUACACGUUAUUGUUAUGCCAGUGGUUCUAAUUAGAUGUCUUAAAACAGCAACAAGACUUUCUUUCAGCUGCAGAUAUACAAAAAAACUAAUAUCAAUAUGAUUUGUAAUAAAAACUAAUCUUUAUUGUGUUGUUUUUUUUAAAGCAAUCUAAAUGUAAAAAAGAAAGUUAAGGCUAUGCCAGUGGUUCUUAUUAGAUGUUUUCAAAUAGCAAGUCUUUCUUUGAGCUGCAGAUAUAAACAAAUUAAUAUCAAUAUGAUUUGUAAUAAAAACAAAUUUUUGUGUUUUUUUUAAAGCAAUCUAGAUGUAAAAUAAAAUGUAAUUACUAUGCCAGUGGUUCUAAAUAGAACAGUUAUGGAUAGUGUCUGUGUGUUUGCCAAGGGAGUAUUUAUUUUUAGUUGUAGAGAGAGAGCAUUUAAUUGAACGUUAGGCUUGUAGAAUGAUGCAAGAUGUGCAGUGCAGUUGUAAGCUGUGUUUAAAGUACGCCAGACAACUACAGAGUGAUAGGACAUGUUUUUAUUGAGUUUGAUUUGUUUAAACAUUUAUUUAAUUGCAUCUCUAAUUUGUCUCUGUUGUAAUAAACGUGAUAUUUCGUUUUUUU